AUGGCGAAACAGGCUCGAAGAAAUCUAGUCAACCACUACGACUUUGCUAGCUACGAAGUUCCCACCUACCGCGUGAAUCGAGAGGCGAGAGCAUAUCGAGAGCAACUUGCUGCCGCAAAAGAACCUGGGGAAGCAUUGGUACCUUUGACUGGGACUCGACCCAGGGUUCACAUCGCCCCGUUGGUCUGGUUCUCAGACCUCAGCUUUAGCGGGGAAAUAGAUGAUGGCGUAAGCCGAUACGAGCGGAUCCGGGCGGGAAUCCGGAAUCAUGUCGACGUUUACUGGGAGGAGCAUAAUGCCGAUCACGAAGCCGAUCGCUCAGACCCGGGAGAUUUCGAGCAUUCGGGCAUCGACGACUCGGAGAUUGAAGAGGACGAGGCAUCAACCAGUGAAGAAGAUGACUUGAGAGUUCUCUCUGGCUCAGACGACGAGGCAGACGAUGACGGUGAUCCCAGUUCCCUGGGUGGCAUUACAUCGUCCAGUGGACAACAAGAGGACAUGGAAGGCAUGGAUAUCGACGGAUAUCCAGCAGAUCCAACUUCGUGGCCUAUGGUACUUGUCAGUCGCACUCAGUCGGUGAAGCGUGAGCGCGCUGCAUCCAACGCCUACAAUAUCUCGGUUCAGUACGUCGAGAACGGGCAUACCGUACAGCUCCGGAUGUGGUAUGGCGACGGCAACCUGUACGUCGGCCCGACGGUGCCGGCGAGUAUCCAGACUGCUUUCAACUACACGGUCCCCGACACCCGCGCCGACCUCCUCUACAUCACACCCAGCGACACCACCACCACAGCCUCCUUCCCUAACCUCCCCGACCCAACCUUCCUAGUCCUAAGCAACGCCCCCAGCGCCUCCGACCCGCUCUUCUUCACACACAGCGUCGCCGCCCUGGGCGCCGACGCCAUGCUGUUCUGGACGCGCUACGAGUCGAUGCUGUUCCCCGUCCCCGUCCCCUCACCAGAAACGAGAACCUGGAGACGCACUUCUACCUCGCGGCGGCCGAGGACACGUACGUGGCUCGCUGGCGUGGGCGCAGCGGGGGCGUGGGCGCGACGGCGCUGGCUUUGGGCGAGGAUGUACGGGGGUUGA